AUAAGGCGUCUUGCUGCCCUCGUCGUCGUCUCGGAGCCUUGGUUUCCCGCGAAACCCGAUUCUUACUAGCAGUUCCGGACGAAUUACCGCCCUUCCAUGGAAUCACUUCGAGCUUCCAAAGAGGCCGAUUGAAAUCCUCGUAUCAGAGUAGCCAUCGCGGGACAUGAACAACGAUCGAUGCGUAAAAUGAAGAAAAAAGAGAAGAAGAGUGCAUACGAAUACUGCCUCGUCUGCAAACUAAACCACGAUCAAGGGCAGCGCCAUAAGUAUUUUCCCAACCACAAAAAAUCUCUUUCUGCUUUUCUAUCUCGGUUCGAGAUCAAGCUGUCCGACGUUCGCUUUUUUCUUAACACCCCUUUUCCCCUCACGCCCGAGUAUGCUUCUCACAAUCGGUUCUGGUGCAUCUUUUGCAAUGUUGAAGUCGAUGAGAAUGAUAGUUCGUUCGCAUGUAGCAAUGCAAUUAAACACCUAGCCAGUGCGGAUCAUCUGAAGAAUUUGAAGCAUUUCUUAUGGAAGUAUGGUGGUGAUAUGGAACGUUUGAAUAAUUAUAGAAUUUUAGAAGCUGAUGAAGCUAAGUGGGAGAAGAAGUGCAAAGUACAAAGCAUAGCUGCUACAUCCAGUCUUGGACCUGCAAAUGAUAUCCACAAUCAACCUGCAAAUGAUAUCCACAAUCAAGUCCAAUAUGGAAAAUUUGAUAAUUUUGGGAAUAAUAAUAUCCACUCUGUUGAAUCUAGUUCGUCAAUUAGUGUUUUGCCUUUACACAGUUAUACAAAUGAGUAUCAGGUAUCCAAUUCAUCCUAUUCAGGAUCCUCUGAUGUUUCGAAUUUGGUCUCAUUGCCACACAAUACCACUUCUUCUUUGCAUGCUGGUUCAUGUUCUGGUGCACAUGUAUGGAGCCCAAAGAAUUUACCAUUGAACGAGGACAACAAGCAUUACCAUCUGAAUAGUGGUAGAACGUGUACUGCUAAUGGUCAUUUUAGUGGUCAGGGGAUGUCCAGGAUGCAUCAGAGUGAAAGAACUUUGAAUGAAGAAAGCCAUACUGAGGGUUUUCAGACCCUCACUCGGAUUUCUAAUAUUGUUUCUGGAGAUUCCGGAGGAAAUGUUCAGUCUGGGAUGUUGCCUCCUUGGCUUGAAAACCAUGAAGAUAGUGGGUUUAAGGUUCAAAUAAGACCAGUGGUUGGGGGUGGCGUUUCUUCCUUGAAUGAAUCUGCAAAGUCCAAGAAACUGAACCCCAAACGGGUAGGAGCUGCAUGGGCUGAAAAAAGAAAGUUGGAGAUGGAAAUGAAGAAGAGAGGAGAAAUUGUCCAAAGCUAUCAUGACGAGAAUUGGCUUCCUAAUUUUGGUAGGGUAUGGCAAUCUGGUAGCCGUAAAGAAUCUAGAAAAGAAUUUGAGAAGGAGAAAUCAAAAUUCCUGAUGGUUGAAAAUCCACCUGAACCAAAUGUCAAUAUUCAGCCAUACAUUAGCAAACGGAUGCGAAGAGAUCGGGAGGAUGUGGAUGAUACUGCCAAUCACGCGAGCAUAUAAGAAAACAAUUUUCAAAAGCAUUUCUUCUAGAGAAUAUUUGCACAUUCACAAUGCUUGUCACAGUUUGGCUUGGAGAUAGAAUUAGGCUGGAGUUUGAUAGGAAACUUCAGAGGCAGACUUAUUCCACCUCUUCAUUCGUGUAUUGGCAAUUUACUCAAAACUGUUUGCAGUAAACAUGACUUCAAUUUUCUUAAGGUAUCCGGUAAAAAAAAGCCUCAAGAUAUUAGUUUAGUGGUACUUGAGAACAAGAUCUUUUAGAAUGAAGCUCUGUUGGAUCA